AUGAGUUCUGUAGUUUACCUGGGAGGUAUCCCGUACCACUGGGAUCUAGAUACCAUAAAAAGUGUUGUCUAUGGAAGCGGCCGCAUAGUCGAUGUCAGAUGUAUGAUGGAUCAUCCUGGAAAGAAUAAAGGAUUUUGCUUCGUAGAAUACCAAACACCUGCAGAGGCAGAGAGGGCCGUCGAUAUCUUGGCAAGGAUACACAUUCAAGGGAAUAAUCGUACACUGAGAGCAGAGUUAUCAAAAGAAGGCUUGCGAUUUGGUGCGGUGACCAAGUUGAAAGAUGAGCUUAUUCUUGAUCGGAGUCAUUUUCCUCCUAAUGUAACGCUACCACCUGAGAUGACCUCCAAUCCAAACGUCAUGGGAAACUCAGCCAUGAACGGUGGAGGAGGAAUGCAUGAUAAUGGCUUAGGUGGACUGGACCCAUCAAUGCUUCAACAAUUAAGUGAAUGGUCCCAAAAUCCAGAAAUUGCGAGUAUAAUACAACAACUCUCAAACAAUGGAAUGAACAUUCAACAGAUAUACCAAAUGUUACAACAGUCGAUCAACAAGCCUCCACAAGAGCAAAUGCCUACGAACUUUGUUCAACCAAUAUCUGGUGCAAACAUGGAAGGUGGUGCGGAUGUCGUUCCUGAGUAUCUAUUGAGAGCUUCUGACCUUCUUGAACUCAAUACCGCACUCCCGUUUAGAACCGACAGUGUAAUUUCUGAAAAUUGCUCUAAAUUGACUCCGCCGGUAUUCGUUCAAUUGAUCGCCAAUUUGAAAAAUGCCUUGAACAAAAACGCCUCCCUUGAAGAUACCAAAAACCUUUUGCAGAAAUCACCCGACUCUGUAACUAAUAUUGCUCAAGCCUUACUUUUGAUGGGCUUAAUUGACGAAUCAGUGAUUCAAUAUAUAACAACAAAGCAGCAACAACAACAACAAAGUAUAUCGCCUCCUCCAGCGCAAACCCCAACCCCUGUUCUACCUACAGUUACUAUACCACCACAAUUUCAGGGUCUACAACAGCAUACGGUUGAAAAAUUAUCCCAGCUUACUCCACAGGAAGCGGAGAUGGUUGCCCAAGUCCUUCGAUUUGCCCCAUCCUACAUCCAGACACUACCUCCUGAUCAACGCCAAGUAGCUGAACAGAUCAGAGCACAAUACUUAUAG